CGUUGCGACCGCUGCUCUCGACUUGGCGAUUGAGACACUGCACCCUGAGCCAUGGAGUGUACUUGGGUUGUCGAUGGUGUCUUUGUCACCGCUGACCGCGAUAUGGUGAACGAGCGGACGAGCGAGGACGCUCAAUCCGUCUUUGAUGUUUCGUCCCCACUCACAUCAAGCACAAGUGGCGCCGACGCCCGCCCGCGGUGCGAUGUGUGUGGCAAGCCGUUCGACGGCUGGUCGGCUGUCUUUGCUCACAAGGGCUCCGGCGAGAACUGCGAUCCGGGCGCGGGCGCUGCGGGCGAAGCCGAGGCGACGGUGACAAUGUCUGCGCGCGUCGCGGACGAAGUCCGCGACACGGUCCACGCUCUUGGCCGCGAGCUGGUCGAGUCUAGCGAUGGGCGGUGGAGUAUGAAGUAUCUGGCGCGGAGCGUCGAGUUUGCGCUAGACCAGCUGACCUAUGCUCGGUGCAACGCGUACAACCUCGAGCGGUGGUACCCCGCAGUCGAGGCCGCGUACGAUGCGGCCGGCAAGCCUCUGCCGACCGCCCGCUCGAUCUUCUUGCCGCUCUCGGACCCCGACAUUGACAUCCUGUGCAAGACGUUCUCGCGUGGUGAGUUUGGCUCGAGCCUCUCGCGGGCCGAGUCGGAGACGCUCGCGGCACUUGAGCGACGGGUCCAGGCCGCAAUGGACGAGGCGACCUUGAUGUCAACGCGGUUUUUCGUGCGGCUCUCGACGCGCUCGCCCAAGGACGCCGUGACUAGCCAGGACGGCACCGCCAAGGACGCGCUGGCAGUGACCCGGGCGCGCGAGGCUCUCGCGCUCAUCGGCCGCUCGAUGCGCUGCUACUCAGACUUGCAGGCGCACCUCAAGUUUCGGGCUUUGCCCAACUUGCCAGCGAUGAACCUCAUCUUGCGCGAGUGGGUUGACAUGCCGUUUGACUACGAGUUCCGCUGCUUUGUAGCCAGCGGCGCGCUUACCGCCAUCUCACAGUACGCCUGCUUCGAUGUGGUGCCCGAGCUUCACGACACUGCGACACUCGAUGCGAUCCGCGACGCCAUUGUCGAGCUCCACACUUCGCUCGACCCGCUGCUGUCUCUCGACUCGUAUGUGUUUGACGUGGUAUGGAUGCCGGACACGGGCUCUGUCUCGCUCAUCGAAAUCAACCCGUUUGGAGCCGAGCUCUCAUCGGGCGCAUGCCUGUUCUCUUGGACCCGCGACCGCGCACUGCUCUACGGCGACGAGCCGGCUGCCGGCAGCCAGCCCGCCGUCCGAGUUCUCCGCGAACUGAUCGGCAAGGCCUCUGUCCCGCGCGUGGCACCGUCGGCCAUGUUUGGCGUCUGA